GAAACCUUUGUUUCAUUUCUGGAAAGAAGGUUUGAUACGGAACCUGUUUUACACCGAACCAAAAAAGGAUCUUCCCGUGUAUCCGCGGGAAGAUCCUUUUUAGGUUCCGUAGAAAACCUUUUUUUUUAGAGUGUACUAGGGAUAUAAACGUUCUCACAACAAAUGUGCACGUUGAUAAGCAUUUUCAGUACGACAUAAUAAUUAGCUAUUCACAUGCCGAUAAAGAAUUAUGUUAUGAAAUACAUGACCGAAUCUUGAAAGAUAAUUAUCGCAUAUGGCUUGAUCGAUACAAUAUGCAUUCGUCAACAUUGGAUGCGAUGGCUAAGGCAAUUGAAAAUUCAAAAAUAAUAUUAAUCUGUAUGUCCGAUUCGUACAAGCAAAGUUCAUACUGUUCGUCAGAGGCACAUUAUGCAUACGAACGACGAUGUUAUCUAAUACCACUUAUAAUGAAAGCAGGAUAUCGUCCAGAUGGAUGGCUAGGUAUGAUUGCCAGUGGUCGAUUUUAUAUUGAUUUCCCCAAUAUGCAAUUUGAAGAUGCAUAUUGUAAAGUUAUAACCGAAAUUAAAGCUCUGAACCAAAGCAGUACACAAGUAGAGGAAAUAGCGGAUUCAUGGGCUCCAGGAGUCUAUUGGAGGCCCAUGGAAUCCCAUGAAGCCGCCUGGAGUCCCAAUGAGUAUCAUCAAGCCACCCGGAGUGGCUUGGACCGGUUUGGAGUGCCGUGGGCUUAA